GAGCGGCGGGCGCGCGCCCCGCCGGUUGCCAUGGAGACGCAAGAUGGCGCCCAGGGGCCGCCAGCGCUCCUCGGCGCCGCUGCAGGUGCUGCUCUUCCUCAACGGGUGGUACAGCGCGACCUACUUCGUGGCGGAGGCCUUCAUCUUCGCCUACAAGGCGCUGCUGCUGCCCUACCCCGUCAGCAACCUGCUGCUGGACGCGCUGCUGCUGCUCCUCUACCUGGGCACCGAGGCCACCCGCAUCUUCUUCGGCUCCAAGGGCAACCUGUGCCAGCGGAAGGUGCCGCUCUCCGUCAGCCUGGCCCUCACCGUGCCGGCGGCCGUGAUGGCGGCCUACUACCUGCUGCUGCAGACCUACGUCCUGCGCCUGGAGGCCAUCCUCAGCGCCAUCCUCCUGCUCUUCUACGCCGCGGAGCUGCUGCUGGGCGUCCUCGCGCUGCUCUCCUUCUCCAGCGUUGAUGUGUAUUGAGGCCCUGCACCAGAGGACCCGAGGCACAGGUACGCGAGACAGCAGUGAGCCAGCGGCCCCAGCCCGCCUCCCAGGCCCUCGCUGGCACCUGCGGGCAGCCCGAGGAGCGGUCUCCCCGCUGCCCGAUCCCCUCCGCUUUGCCCGCAGCAUGUGCGAGCGAGCGACGCGCUGGGCAGCACCUGCCCUGCUGCCACCCGGCCCCCGGGGCUUGUGACACACAGGUCAGUUCAAGGUACGGAGAAUUAUUUUUUUUCUACCGUGUUCUCAGAAUCAUUCACUAUUUUCCAAUAAAUAUUUA